AUGUACUGUUUGCACAGAUGUCUACCAGACACAGUACGUCCAUUGCCCGAUGGUUCAGGGAUACUCGUCUCCUUAUACAACGUGUUCGAUGAUGAAAAUCCUUUGAUCAUCAAAUCUAUGUCCGAGACUCCGCUUGUGAGGAAAUUUAUAGCUCGUCUGCUCCGACUAAUAGAAAUACCUUUCGAAUAUCUACAAACUCAUUUCGACAACCACGUGUUUGAGAGCAUCGUACAUUACAUCGGCCAUUUCAGUAGCGCAUCGGCGUUUAGUACCGGAUUAUCGGGUCUAGUUCAAAUAGAUUGGAAUGGUAACAUCGUUGCGUCGUAUUACAACACAGACGGCGGUGUGAGCCACAUUAGUGAUGCUAUUGUUUUUAACGAUCAGUUAUUAACUGGAAGUCCUCAUCAUCAAGAUUUUGUUGCCGCCGUCCCAGCUCCUCCAUUGCUGAAAAAAGCUUUUGCCAAACCGAUCAAAGAAGAAAAGGCUAAAGUAAAAACAGAACAAAAUAUAAAACCCAAAGUCAAUGAACCCGAACAAGCUCCCAGAACUACGCCAAAACCAGUAGAAAAACCUAAAGCUCAGGUCAAUGAACCUAAAGAAGUUCCAAAAACUACACCAAGACCAGUAGAAAAAGAGAAACCUAAGGUCAAUGAACCCAAACAAGCUACAAAAGCUGUACCAAAACCAGCAGAGAAACCAGUUGAAAAAGUUAAACCCAAGGUUGUUGAACCCAAAGAAGCUCCUAAAACCGCACCAAAACCGGUAGAAAAACCGCUACCAGCAAAAGAAGCUAGACCAGUUGAAGCUAAACAAGCGUCACAAACUAAACCAACACCAGCUAAAACACAACAAGUCAAACAGGAUAAAGUAAUUGAACCCAAAGCAGAAGCUAAAGUCGUCAAACAGGAAAAAGACUCAAAAGCUGACGUCAAACCAAAAGUGUCCAAAGACGCUAAGGUAGAGACACCAAAACCAAAGGUAGAACCGAAAGCGGCUGACCCGAAACCGAAAAUUCAACCCAAAAAGGAAGCAGUUACACCGAAACCUACAGAGAAACCGAAAGUCGUCCAAAAGGAACCAGAAGUUAAACCGACACCAGCACCGAAAGUCGAAACGAAACCAGUCGUGAAAGAAGCAAAAAAAGUUGAACCGAAAGCACCUAAUGUGAAUGACAAGGAAAAGAAAUCUGCCAAAAAGACUGACGAACCUAAACCCAAACCUUCAGAAGCGAAGCCACAAGCAAAACCAAAACAAAAAGAACAAGACAUUAAACCGAUUGAAGAAGAAAUACCAUCAGAUACUAUAAAGCCAAGCAAAGAAAAACUUAAAGUUAUAAAGAAAAAUGGACCACAGGAAAUACCAAAUCCGAAUUUGUAA